AUGUUAACUCUAUUCGAUGCACACACAAGCCUUCCUUCCAUUGAAAUGAUCACGUCAUUGGAGCUGCUGAUAAGGUUCACCGGUAUUGAAUCAACUUGAGCUAGUAAGUUGAGUGAAGCGAUGUAUUUAUCACUGUUCAACCUCACUGUGUUCGAUUGACUGAGCACAUCUCCAACCUUAUCAAUCGCUCUUUGA